AUGGACGUGGACGUGAGCACGCGAGACAAGCACAUCUAUAGGUACGAGGACUUCCUCAGUGCUCAUAAGGCGCAGCUAUUGUCGGCCUCUGUGCCGGAACGCUUCUGGAUCCCUCUUUUUGAAAAACUAACCAAAGAGGUAUUUGAUGCUGGUGAACACUUUCAAGUCAUCAACGAUGAAGGCAAUUACGAAGUUGUUGCUACCUCCCAAAUUGACCACAAGAUUGGCAACAAUAUCUUCUUGGUCGACCACGCCUGGACUUUUCGUCCCGCUGAUGCCCGAAACGAGCUAGAAAACAUUCCAGGCCUCCUUGAGCGCAUGAUCAAGUUAUUUGGGAUGCUCGAAAAGAAGCCAAAGAGUGAUGAAGUAAAAGAUGUUGCUCUCAUUGAUGAUAGUGACACUGAUGAUGAAGUAGUUUACGAAGACGAAAAGAAAGCUAGAAUUACUGAGGUGGCUGAUGAAAAACAGAUUGAUGGCGUGUUGCCUCGCCAGGUUUCGGUCGACGCUUAUUUGUGCCAGGCGGCCAAUGAUGAUCAGGAGGUCAACAAAGUGCUGCGAGACAUGUGGCUGUAUGCCCAGACGUAUUCGAUUCGCACUAAAAGCCAGAUGACUGAGGGAGAAACCCCUGUUUGGUACAUCAUAGACGAAUUCGGCUCCUUCAUCGGCCAUUCUGAUGUCCCAAAUUUUAGGCUGAUCCCAUUUUAUUUCGCGCCGACCUCUGAGGCUUUCUCACUGCUUUUUCCGGUCGCGGCCGUGAUGGAAGGAGAUUCGGUCCGACGCGAUUACGUAGACACUACUGUGCUCCAGCAGCAUCCUGACUGGCGUGCUUUCUUAUUGCAUCCCUGGCAAGAAGGAGAAUUCUCCGAGGUUUUGCCUCGUAUGGAGCCACCAAAAGACUUCUUUAUUUCCGGCCGCAAGCUCGACGAUCUGCCAUCUCGAGAUGCACAGAAUUUGUGCGUCUCACAGUUGGAGCCCGGGAAGAAAAUGGCUAUUUACACUGACUCACCUCAGCUGCUAAAUAAUUUGCAGAAGCAUCGGUUCUCCCUUGUGGAUGAUUGGAGACAGGCGGAUGUCCUCUGGUUGAGCACGCACUUUCAUGAAUACAGGGAAUUGUGUGCCGAGAACCCGCGAGCAUUGGUCAACCAGUUCCCUUACGAAUCUUGUUUGACGGUGAAGGAUCUUUUGGCGGCGAUUCUUCACCCCGAAAUGGGAAUGCCAGAGUGGGAGUGGUUCGAGACGUGUUUCAAUCUCACAACCGAAUUGCCUCAAUUCUGCAAGUAUUUCCAGGAGCGCGAGCAAAGAAAUGAGGACAAUAUUUGGAUCAUUAAACCUUGGAACUUGGCUCGCGGUCUGGAUAUGCACAUUUCGGGCGAUCUUAAGCACAUUAUCCGUCUGAUCGAGUCUGGACCGAAGAUAGCCUGUAAAUACAUCACUAAUCCGGUGCUGUUCCGUCGCCCUGAUAACGGCGCGAUGGUGAAGUUCGACCUUCGCUUUAUUGUGUUCGUCGAUCGUUUUCGUUGGAAUUCGGCCUGGAUCUACAAGAACUUCUGGAUCCGCUUCGCCAUCAACCAAUUUGACCUAACGCAGCUGGACAACCCCGAGACACACUUCACGGUGUUCAACUAUGGAGACGAGGAAAAGGUCCUACAGAUGAAGUGCGGCGAGUUCAAGAAGCAAUUCGAGGCAACCUAUCCGUCGCUGAAGUGGGCAGCUAUCGAGAAAAAGAUCCAUCGCUCUAUCAGCACGCUGCUGGAAGUUGCUACCUACAGGGAGCCCCCUCGUGGAAUCGCCCCGAACAAGCAAAGUCGCGCUAUGUAUGGUGUCGAUGUUAUGCUGAAAUGGAAGGAUCGAACUCGUUCCAAUUGCGACGUCUCCAUUUUGGAGUGUAACUUCAUGCCGGACUGCGAACGCGCUUGUGCUUACUACAGUGAUUUUGCUGACACCGUCUUCGAUACUCUCUUCAUGGGCCACAUUGACGAGUCGAAAGUCGCUAAGCUC